UGGGUCGGUCAGCGAGCGGAGAAGCUGUAGCGCUCCGUGUCUUUACGCACCGAAAGUCCGCACGGAUUCUCUCUCAGGCUCGGCAGCAGUGUUUGACCUCACUACCAAAGGAGAUCUCUGUUUUAUUCGUUGGGAUUGAAAACAUUUCGGCGGGAUCUGCGCUCUGGUUUGGAUCUGUGGCUUGCUGCGAAAAGGGGAUUUGUUUUUACGCACUUAAAGUUGGCUCUUCGUUUACGCUUUCUCCUCGUUUGCAGAACUCCUGAAUGUGUUUGCGGAGAGGGCAGGGGGUUGACAAAAGGCUUUUAAACGCAGGGGAUAGAUGUAGUGGAGGGGUGCAGACACCACGCAGCGGCUGAGAGCGGGGUGUUUUCGUGGCAAAGCUGCGGCGUUGGAGUGGUGUGACAAUUUCUGCAAUGAGGAAGACGUGUUUUAAAACCUCCAGCACCGCAACCAGCACCGAGGUCAGGGCUAUGGCUUCCCUCCGCCGCAGUUUGUAAGAAGGAAGAUCUGUGUGCACUGUAAGUGUCGUCGUGAGGAGCAUGCAGUGACAGCCAUGCCUGUAGAAAUGGAGAAGACGGUCACCAAGCUGAUGUAUGACUUCCAGAGGAACUCUACCUCAGACGACGACUCCGGCUGUGCCCUGGAGGAGUACGCCUGGGUACCACCAGGGCUCAAACCUGAGCAGGUUCAUCAGUACUACAGCUCCCUGCCUGAGGACAAGGUGCCCUAUGUGAACAGCCCAGGAGAGAAAUACCGCAUCAAACAGCUGCUCCAUCAGCUACCGCCCCACGACAAUGAGGUACGCUACUGUAACAGUCUGGACGAUGAGGAGAAGCGAGAACUGAAGCUCUUCAGUAACCAACGGAAACGAGAAAACCUGGGCCGAGGCAACGUCCGGCCAUUCCCUGUGACAAUGACAGGGGCGAUCUGUGAGCAGUGUGGAGGCCAGAUAAAUGGUGGCGACAUUGCUGUGUUUGCGUCCCGGGCCGGUCAUGGCGUGUGUUGGCACCCUGCCUGCUUCGUGUGCAGCAUGUGCAAUGAACUCCUGGUGGAUCUCAUCUACUUUUACCAGGACGGGAAGAUCUACUGCGGCCGGCACCACGCUGAGAGACUGAAGCCGCGCUGCACUGCCUGCGAUGAGAUCAUCUUGGCGGAUGAGUGCACCGAGGCAGAGGGGCGUCACUGGCACAUGAAGCACUUCUGCUGUUUCGAGUGCGAGACGGUGCUGGGGGGCCAGCGCUACAUCAUGAAGGAGGGACGGCCUUACUGUUGCUCCUGCUUCGAGUCCCUCUACGCCGAGUACUGUGACUCCUGUGGGGAACAUAUUGGCAUUGACCAAGGCCAGAUGACGUAUGAUGGGCAGCACUGGCAUGCCACAGAGGACUGCUUUUGCUGCGCCCGCUGUAAACACUCCCUGCUGGGUCGUCCCUUCCUGCCCAAGCAGGGUCAAAUUUUCUGCUCCCGCUCCUGCAGUCUGGGGGAGGAGCCCAAUGGCUCAGACUCUUCUGACUCUGCCUUCCAAAGCGCUCGCUCAACCAGAGAGUCCAGACGCAGCUCCAAGGCAGGAAAGAGUGGUGGAGGAGGGGGUGGAGUGCAGACAGAGAGAUUUUCCGGGGAGGUGGACCCACUGUCUUUACAAAUGGAUCUUCUGAGUCUCUCCAGCCAAACCCCAAGUUUAACUCGUGAGCCACCUGCCUGGCAGAAUCAAAAGCAAGCAGGUGAUGGUUACAAUUAUGAAUCCCAAACAGACCCAAUUGCCAACCCCACCCCUCUUCAGCUCCUCAGUCAGUGCAAUGUCAGGACUUCUUAUAACCCCGCCUGCACUGGACAGAACAAUCAACAGCAGGAUCACAGGAUCAAGGAGAACGGAGGUUUAAAGAGACCACCCGUCUCAGCUAUGAAGGGCCAUUCUCUGAAUGAAACAUGGUUCCAACAGCCAGGUCCAGAGGAGUACUAUCCACCCAAGCUGAGGACCCAAAAGAGCUUCACCGAGAUGUCUCAUUGCUCUCAGCACAACAACGGCUUCUCCUCAGACAAGCGCUCGAUCAGUCUGCAUGGCUUCCAGAGGGACCGGGAAAGAGAUGCAGGGCCUCCAGCACCAACCCAGGUUGCAAGAAGCAGGAACCCCAUCAAUGCACUUAACUUCACUGAGCAACUGACCCCUCUAGAGCAGACCCCAAGAGGAUCCAUGGAGUCCCUUGCCCUGUCCAACACCACAGGCAACUCAGCUGAUGGAGGAAAGCGUCAGGAGCACCUUUCUCGUUUCUCCAUGCCAGACCUGAGCAAAGACUCUGGAAUGAAUGUGUCAGAGAAAAGCAACAUGGGAACCCUCAACUCCUCUGUGCAGUUUCGUAGCUCUGAGUCUCUUCACAGCCUCACAGCCAAUCAGCCCUACAUGGAAAUGGAUCCCCCCAGGUCCUCCCAGUACCAGGUGCAGUACUGCGACCCCUCUGGCAUGGGUGUGGGUAUGGGCAUGACUCAAUUACCGCCUGGCUUCACCUUCCAGGAGGAGGAUAGAGUUAGUUUGGUGAGCAGCGCCAAUGCCGCCCGUCUGCCACCCAUUAGUGAGCGCAGGGUGGGAGGUGGUGUAGGAGGAGUAGGCGGAAGGGGAGCGAGUAUCCGGGUAGAUGCACAGGAGGAGACUCCCCAGAGGCGCCGCCACCACCACCGCUCUCGGAGAUCACGGCGUUCUCGUUCAGAAAACGCUCUCCACUUAGUGGCAGAGCGGAGGGCGAGACCUCAAGAAAGACCACAGCUGCGUGUCUGUGAGGAUUACGACCGUUUCCCUCCACCAAGGAGCGCCAGGGAUCAGUUUGGAGUAGGAGGAGGAGGAGGAAGAUACCAGCCCCAACUCUUCAGGCAGUGCCCCAGGACCACUUCAGACCUGACGCUUCAAAACCCUGGGGCUAGCCGGCGCACAGGCUUGAACCAGUACUCCUGGGAUGAUUAUGAUGAUGAUGACUGGUGCUCCACCUGCUCUUCAUCCUCCGAAUCAGAGGAUGAAGGUUACUUUCUGGGUGAGCCAAUCCCCAGACCCAUCCAGCUGCGCUACCUCAGCAACCAGGAGCUUGUCCAUAAGUACAACACAGGGAUGGGAGGACCCAACCGUAGUGGGCAGUUACAUACUCGCAAACGCAGAAAAAGCAAGAACUGCAUUAUUUCCUAACAUCCUGACAUCUGAUAAAAAGAAAUGACUCAUUGUCCAGCUUGUGUACACUAACAUCCUCCACCUGGAACAAAAAAACAAACACCCAGUCCAUUUAUUCAGUGUUGUUGAGUGUUGAAUAUCAUGUAAUUGAAAGUCAGUGAUGAAUUACAGUCGGUAAACAGUGAAAAAGCACCAGUGUUUGCAUGUUUGUUCAUUUUAAUGUUUCGGAAUAUCUCCUGAGUAUUAAGGCUACAACAGUUACAUGCGCAGUUGUAUCAAGUCACAACAUUUAUCAAAAGCUGAUGUGCAAUUUUUUUAUCAUCACUUCCAUGCAGCAAACAAGUGUGCAAGGUAGUCGGUUUGGUACAGUAGCUUUUUCAUGCAAUGUGAUUUAGGUAUAGGAUAUACUGUACUAUUGUAUUCAGUUCAUAGUAUGUACAUAGAUAAAUGAAUUAAUAAUUUCACUUAAGUUAAGGAAGUCAGUGUAAAUAUGGUUGUAAAUGAGGCAGCACAUAUUUUUAUAUUUUGUAUGGAUAGAAUCAUUUAUGUAUUAAAUAUCUAUAAUGUAGAGAUAGAAAAUGACAAAAACAACUUAUGCAUGUUUUAUUUGGCUGACCUGGUCCUGCAUUUGGAAUAAAGGAGUAUUUCAGUGA